GCCAAUGAGAGCGCAGAUCCGCCGCGGCUGCGAGGCGCGGCCUUUGAAGGGAAACUGUCGGGAGUCCGGGAGUCAUGGUGGGGCCCGGGCCCUCGGCGGCCGCCGAGGAGCGUCAAAGAAAGCUCCAGGAGUACCUAGCAGCCAAGGGGAAACUGAAGAACCUAAAUACCAAGCCUUACCUAAAAGCCAAGAAUAAUGGCUCGAUCCCACCACCUUCUAAAUCUACUAUUGGACCCAAAAAGGAUAUUACCAGCCAUGCUGGUUUGCCUACCAAAUCUACAAGGACUACCAACAUUAAACUCCAAUCCAGACCAACUAAUAUCACAGGGUCUCAGAAGCCAAAGUCAGAGCCACUUCUGAGCAAAAGGCCAGCAUCAGGAUGUGCUUCUUCUAAAGCAAACUGUAAGCCAUCCAGCAAGAGUCACCAGCAGCAGCAGAAAGCCGCGUCAUCCACUGCAGAACUGGCAACAAAACCUAGGAGGUCCUCUGCUACCCAGGGGCUGAAACCUGCCCAGCAGUGUGGGGAGAGGCAGGGGGGUGCUAAAGGGAUGGACUCUGUGGGUAAUUCCCAUGUGAGAAACAAACUUUUGGGUGGCUCUCUAAAAGAGAUGAACAAAGAGAACUUGCCCCUAACCUCAUCAGAACCUAAGCAAAAGCCAGAUCCGGAAUUACGUACUAUAUGUCAGCCGAAGACAGACAUUUACAAGCAAACCAAGGGCAGUUUGGCUCCUAAACAACUCCUGAGUAAAAGUUCAGAUAAUGAUGCAGUUCUGAAAGACAGGGUUAAUAAAAAAUUGGUUGGAGAAACACAAAUCCGGACUCUACCAGUGAAAUCACAGCAACUCCCUAGAGUUGCACAUCUUACAAAACCAAGAGAAAAACCCUCAAGGACAAUUCCCUCGCACUUUAUUCAGACCCUUAGUAAGUCUCAAGCAUCAAAGAAACCAGUGGUUAAGGACAUAAGUGAUAUAAAGGCUAACAGGGGUAAAUGUGGAAAAACAAAUGAAACUAAGUUACAGCCACUCCAUACUACUGAACAGAAAGUAAAACCCAUGAGACCUAAAACAUAUCCCAACUUGCAUCAGGGAGCACCAACCAACCAACCUCCAAACAUCAGGCGAGACCAGAAGAUUAGUCAAUGUUCUCUAAGACCUCAGACGUCGGUCAUCCCAAGUACCCUUAGUCUAAAAGCAAGCAAAACCAGUGAUAACAAAGUUAACCGCAUCUUUCAACACAAAACACAGACUUUGAACUCCAAGUUGAAAAAUGCUCUUCCCCAGAACCAUUUUCUGAACAAGACAGCUCCCAGAACUCGAACAGGAAUCACAACCAUAAAUAGGAGAGGAGCCCCAAGUGAUGCCCAGACCAAUCCAGAUAUUAAAAAGAAGGCAGCAACAGAGGAUCGAAGGAAACAAUUGGAAGAAUGGCAGAAAUCCAAAGGGAAAAUCUAUAAACGUCCUCCUAUGGAACUUAAAACAAAAAGAAAAGUAAUAGAAGAAAUGAAUAUUUCAUUCUGGAAGAGCAUUGAAAAAGAAGAGGAAGAAAAAGCACAACUGGAACUGUCCAAUAAAAUUAACAACACUCUGAAAGAAUGUCUGCAGCUCAUUGAAGAGGGUGUGCCUUCUCAUGAAGUAUUUACAAUAAUCUCCAGCAUUCCUGAGGCCGAGAAAUUUGCUAAAUUCUGGAUCUGCAAAGCAAAGUUGUUGGCAAAUAAAGACAACUUUGAUGUUAUUGGGCUUUAUGAAGAGGCCAUUAAAAGCGGGGCCGCUCCAAUACAAGAGUUACGGGAAUUUGUUCUUAAUAUUUUACAAGAUCCAAACAGAACCAUAGAAGGAGUUACUUCGAACUCCUUAGUUGCUGAAACGAGUACCACAACAAUGGAAGAGGAAUCUGAGCAGGCUUGUCCUCCUCCAGAAGAGAAGCAACUGGCAACGCCCCACGUCACCAAGACAGAACAGGACAGUCUUGCUGGUAUCAAGUUACAGAUUGCUCCCCUCCCUAGACUAAACGGAAUGCCUGAAGUGCAAGACAUGAAGCUGGUCACCCCUGUGCGGCGCUCUGCGCGGAUCGAGCGCGCCGUGUCCCGCUACCCAGAGAUGCUGCAGGAGCACCACCUGCUUGUGGCUUCUCUCGAUGAGCUGCUGGAGGUGGAGGCCACAGACUGCUUUAUAUUCCGCAGGAACGAGGCUUUGCCCGUGACGCUGGGGUUUGAGAACCUUGAGUCAUAACUUUUAUGUGUGUGUGUGAUUCAGAACAAGAAAUGCCUUUGUCCAGAUAACCUAAAGAGCAUGUUGAGAUAUUAUAUAGAAUGUUGCGAUAUUAAAUCUACACAGUAUGAACUCUUGAGCCUGAGGAAAUAACUCACUGGGUUUACCCUCAAGUUUAUAUCCACAC